AUGGCCGUUUCCGGCGAAUCUCCAGAGUGGCGCAUCUGGCAAGGCCGGAACAGGAAUGGACGGGAUACAGCCCGAACAAAUUUUCACACGACUAUCCAGUUUGAGCUGCUCGUCCAGCAAGGACGAGAUCGUCAUAAAUCUGCCCUGAAGAAGGUGGCCGAAAAAUUGUAUGAGUAUCUAUUAUAUAACUAA